UUUUUUUGUCUCUAAUUUAAUUUUUUAAAUUCUUUUUUUAGCUCUAAAACCUUUAAAAACUUUAAUUUUCUUCUUCCAAAGAUGACUUCAAAUAUUAAAUUAAAUUCAUUUCUUCGAAUGUCUGGAAAGCUUUUAAUUGCUACAGCACCUGCUUUAACGACAGAAUUGGAUAAAGAUGACAAGACAGCACAAGCAGAACGGCAUCCAAGAAAUCAAAGAACAUUUAAUAAGAUUCCACAAGCUCCAAAUACUUCAACAAAAAUGUUGACGCCAGAAGAUUUGCAUCAUGAACAAAAGAAGGGAGGCUUUCUAACUAGUCAUCCAGUUGUUUUGGGUGGUGCUGGUCUUACUAUUGCAGCACUUAUGUACAUGAUUCGUUCUUCAAUGGCUGGUGAUGGCAAUGCUAUGCGUUUGGGAGCACAGUAUCGUAUAGCAGCACAAUUAGCUACUUUUGCUAUUUGUUUUGUUGUUGCUUUGUCUGCUGCAAAGACUUCAAUGGCUAAAGAAAAGUAGAG